CAUUUUAGGACAUACAGACCUAAAAUGGGCAGGGAGAUUUUUCCCGGUGCAAACUCCCUAUAAAACCCCGGGUUCACGUGAAGCUGUGAUGUCACACUUUAAGUUCGAAGAGGUACGCAUCGUGUCGUUUUCCGCUCCAGGAUACAUUCCAAGCCAGCAGCUAUGGCCUUCCAGUCCAAUGUGAUCAGCUCCCAGCCCCAGGUCUCCGUCACCAGCUACUCUGUGACUUCAGGCUCCACCGACUGGAGCUCCAAUUCCUGUGACUGCUUUGAAGACUGUGGAAUAUGUCUUUGUGCCACCUUCAUACCUUGUAUCCUGGCCAUUCAAGUGGCGCAGGACAACGGGGACAGCUGCUGCGUGCCCUUCCUCCCCGGGGCCAUGAUCGCCCUGAGGACCAGCAUGCGUGGCCGCUACCGCAUUAGCGGCUCAGUGUGUGAUGACUGGGUGGUGAUGGCCUGCCUGCCCCUCUGUGGACUGUGCCAGAUGGCACGGGAGCAGAAGAUGAGAGGAUGAUUCAACUCAAGGGAUUAAAAGUCACUGUGCUAUUCUUGUUAGUAACAGAGCAGAAAGAGUUGAUAAGGCAUGUUCUCUUGGUCCCGACAGCCUUUCUGUUUUCUCUAAAGACUCAGUCUUUAAUUAAACUAAUCGAUUCAUGUAAUGUUAAUAAUUAAUGAGUUUUUUUUGUGAUUCAUUCUUUUUGAGUAAAUAAAUAAAACAUCUAAAGAGAAUGAUAAUUCUGUUAUAAUAUCUUGAAUGUCAUUUGAUAUAAAAAAAAAAAAUGUUUAUUUAUUUUGGACCUUUGGAUAAUUUCUUCAGAUGAAAAGCUUUGUUUGCAGAACAGAAAAAUGGAAACUACACAUCGUAUUCUGUGAAUAAAGGAGCUGUGUGAUAA